AUGAAAUUCAUUUUAUUCUGCUUUAUUGCCUUUUUGGCCAUCAACUCUGCCUAUGCCAAGAACAACAUCAAGUCUGUUCCAACUGACAUUGGUGCCUUUGUCCUCGGUUUUGCCGAAGGUUUGGAAAUCUCUUUGAAUGAAAACGCCACCACCUGCAUUUCACAAUACGUUGCCACCCUCGACGACUUUGAAAACGGUGUAUCUUUGAUCUCUACCGGUUUCAAGAAGCUCUCUGUCUCUGACAUUGGUGCCGGUAUCACCGAUCUCGGUCAAGGUCUCGAAGCCAUCCCAACCAUCUUCUCUACCUGUGGUGUCGAACAACUCAUCCAACAAAUCGAAUCAAUUGCUGCCCAAUUGUCCUCUGGUGCUGAUGGUAUCAUCGAAGUCAUUGCCAAGGAAGUCAUCAACAUCAUCCACAAGAAGGCCAACUUGACCACCGAAUUCAAGAACUUGGUUAAUGCCUGGAAGGUUCAAGACUACCAAACAGCAGGUGAAAACCUCGGUGAAGUGGUAGGCACUCUAUUGGAUGUCUAA